CGUUAUGGGAAAAUCAAAAUUAAAGAUUGUGAUAUCACAAAGUGACUAUGACAGUAAUGUAAUUGCUAAAAGUCAGUAUUUAAUUCACCUUUUUGUGAUACUUCUAGGGACGUCAAACAGUGAAUGGACAAAAUCAAGAAUCGAAUCAACAGGAGUAUAUGAACCAUAUCUUGCAGAAAGCCAAAAGGAAUACUGCAACGUAGUGCCCACAAAUACUGAAAAGAAUUUUUCUUGUUCAAUUCAAUAUAGCAAUGAUGAAAGUCUGGAAAUCAAGGAAGAAAUUAUUAAAGGGAAAUCAAACAGUGAUUGGACAAAAACAAGAAUACCAUCAGCAGAAGAAUAUAAAGAAUUUUUGUCAGAAAAUCAGAGGGAACUCCACAAUCUGCCUUCUAGAAAUAAGGGACAUGAUUUUACUGGUGAACAUGAAUCUAGCAAUGACAAAACUUUGAAUAUUAAGGAAGAAUUUACCGAAAUUGAACAUAGCAAUGAAGACAUUUUGGAAAUCAAGGAAGAAGUAAUCGAAGAUCAAGAGAUUACAGGUCAGAAACAGCAUAAAGAAUAUGGGUCAAAAUGGUGUACCCUAUAUAUAAAGGAAAAUGCUCAUUUAUCUGUUAGCAACAAACUGCCGUCUCAUAAGGAGCAUACAAUUCAGGAAUCAGAACAAGAACCGAAAAAGAAAUACAAGUGCGAAAAGUGUGCACUCAGCUAUACAUUAAAAUCAAAUCUGUACCGACAUAAAAAAUUCGAAUGCGACGUCAUACCACAGUUCAGAUGUAAAUUCUGCGACAAACGAUUUAAACAGAAAUGUCACAUGACUACCCAUGUAGAUCAGGUGCAUCAGAAAACACAUGUUGACCAGGUGCAUCAGAAGACAAGCCCAAAGAAAUCGGUAUUGAGUUAUAAAUGCGAUAUAUGUUUUCGAAGUUACUCUUGGUUAGUUUCAUUAAAUCGUCAUAAACGUUCAGAACAUGCAGCAGUGAAACCACAAUUUAUUUGCGAUUUGUGUGGAUAUAAAUCGAAUAGGAAAAGUAACUUGGUAAAACACAUGACUUCACGUCACUCACAGAUGUUGAAAUCAAGGUAUAAAUGUGACAAAUGUUCGCGAAGUUACACUUGGUUAAGUGCUUUAAAUCGACAUAAACGUACAAAACACUCGGCAGUAAAACCACAAUUUAUUUGCGACUAUUGUGGCCAUAAAACGCAUAAAACAACUGAUUUGUCAAACCAUAUUAUUUUACACCAUCUCAAAAAAAUUGGGCAAUCAAUUAGAAAUAAUUUAUCGUGUUAAGAAGGGCGAAAAAUUAACUAUUCCGUGAGUGUUACAAACUGGAAACAAGUUGUAGCUUCUCGCACGUAUCGCUAUAUAUUACACACUUACGCACUUAUAUACAAAGAUCUACGAUCGAAAUUUUGUAAAGAAUUAAAAAUAAAUUGCUUGCAGCUCUGCUAA